AAUCCGCAAGCAGUAUGGCGCUACGCGCUCUGGCACGGCAACGUACGUAGCCGUCACGUCGUCGUUCACACCGCCCGUGUGUCUGUCUGUGUACAGACGUCGACGAUCCGCCGCGUCCCUGACAGAGUGAAUCCGCGCGCGAAUUACGGUUGUCAGUCUUGCGCGGCUGGUUCGCACUUUUUGACGUCCCGAGGGAGCGAGGUUGCGAGCAGGAACCAGUAAGAAGCGAGAGACAGAGAGAGAGACCAGAUAGAACUAACGCCUAGGGAAAAAGAUGAUUUAAAAAAGCGAUUUCGAAGAAGAGAAUUUUAACAGACGAAUUAUCAAUAUGCAACUGCGUGCAUCGCAUCCGGUCCGACGGCGGCCGUAGACGACGCCGGGGGUUAAACGUGCGCUAGCGGUAGUGAGACGAGAGGCUCUUCUCCACAACGCAUCCGGUAAACGAUAAAACGGCCGAUCGAGGAUGAUAGGCCCCUCGACGACGACGGUCACCGUCACCGACAUCGGUAACAGCAACGCCAACACGGCGACGAUCGAAAAGACAGCGACGACGAAGGUGGUGUUGAUUGGGAAUUGUCGGAUCAGUCUCACGUGUUCGCGCGCCGCUUAGAGAACACCGAUAUGACAAUAGGGUUGCGAACGGUCUCGUAAAAGAGCACUCACGUUCAUACAAAUUUCGCUGGGGAAGUGCGGUGAGAGAGGGUACACGGACACAGCAGAGGCUUCGUCGGGCAACAGCAGCACCAGCUGAUCGCCGAUAAAUACGAGACGCGCGCGCGGCAUGUCCUCUAUUAAUUAACACCGCGUGUUCACGUUUCACGUUGAUAAUCUGCGGGCGGAUCAUCCCUUGAACUACAAUAGAGCGACGAAUUUGCAAGAUGGCAUGUCCAUUCUCUAGUAGACGUUUCAAACUCACUCACAGAGAUGAUAGCAGCAGGGAAGGGGACAGCCAUCGCAGGAUUCCGAGGAUCAGGCAGGACGAGCAAGGCAAGCCGUCGCUUCAGGGGCAAUCAUCGGUUCAGAUAACGUCGUCGCUUUUAGGAGAAGACGGUGACGACCUUGAGGACACACAGACACUUAACCUGAAGCACCUAAGAGCCGCGGUGACCCUCUUGACUAACCCUUCGAACGAAGUGGUGGCUGUGGCGCUAGAAGCUCUGUUAAAUAAACAUGAAGUACCUCUUCCAACGUCGACAACAUCGUCUUUAGAAAAACUUUUAAGUAACGUUGAAGAGGAGGAAAAUUAUAAUUUACUGGAAGAUAUUUACGAGACGUUAAAUUACGAUUGUGACGUCGACGUGAACGCGUUUUUCGAUCAUCUCGGGCAGGAGCUGAUCGCAUGGGCUUGCGUGGGUCUCUUAGAGCGGGCCUUUCGUUGUCUUGGGAACGAUCUGACCGCUUUCCUGACCACACUCGACGGCGUAAACGACGUUGUCCAGCAUCAGUCGGGAUCGGAUACCGAGGCGGAGUUUGUGUGUAUCGCCACACCGGAAGCGCUGGAACUACACUUCACCACCGACCAUCCUUCUAUCGCUUAUCUACUGGUGGGCAGUCUGAAGGGCAUAGCCAGGCAGUUCUAUAACGACAAAGCCGAUGUAUACAUACUGCCGGAUCCCUACAAUACAAAAUUUUUUAGAUACCGGAUUACUCCAGAGCGUUACAGCGAACAGCCUGGCGUAGACGACAACUGCGACGUGGUGUCAUCCACUUUCCGUCCACUCUCCACCGAAGCAACGGAUCUUCGUAUGGGGGUAGCGAGCUUUUGCAAGGCGUUCCCGUGGCACUUCGUCGUCGAUCGUCAGCUGGAGCUCGUUCAGCUCGGCGUCGGUUUCAUGAAAAUUUUCGGGCAUCAUUUGAACCGGCUCGGCAGGGAGAUAUCGACAUAUUUCGUCUUCACACGACCCCACGGCGUCACUCUGACCUUUCACGAGAUCCUAAAGCGCGCGAAUACUCCGUUUAUCCUGACCCUUCAGAGGCCGCACGACGUCGAUAAAUAUCCUGCGGAGGGCCUGGAAAUGAAAGGUCAAAUGGUACACUGUCCGGAAUCAGACUCGAUUUUAUUCGUGAGCUCGCCAUUCUUGAACGGUUUGGAGGGCUUAACGGGUCGAGGACUCUUCAUUUCUGAUAUCCCUCUUCACGACGCUACAAGGGACGUUAUACUCGUUGGCGAGCAAGCUAGGGCACAGGAUGGCUUAAGAAGACGUAUGGAUAAAUUGAAAAGUUCUAUAGAAGAAGCUAACUUGGCGGUCGAUGCGGAAAGAGAAAAGAAUGUCAGCCUUCUACAUCUUAUAUUUCCGCCGGAUAUUGCGAAACGACUAUGGCUGGGAGAGACAAUCGAGGCGAAAACGUAUCCGGACGUUACGAUGUUGUUUAGCGACAUAGUGGGAUUUACAUCCAUCUGCGCUACAGCAACGCCGAUGAUGGUCAUCAAUAUGCUUCAAAAUCUAUACGAGCAAUUUGACCUUUACUGUGGUCAGUUGGAUGUGUAUAAGGUAGAGACAAUCGGCGAUGCCUACUGCGUUGCAUGCGGCCUUCAUCGAAAUACCAAUACACAUGCACAACAAAUUGCUUGGAUGGGCCUAAAGAUGAUACAAACGUGCUCUCAUCACCUGACUCACGAAGGCAAGCCAAUAAAGAUGCGCAUUGGCAUUCACACCGGGAUGGUGUUGGCGGGCGUCGUGGGCAAGAAGAUGCCAAGAUACUGUCUCUUCGGACACAACGUCACGUUGGCGAAUAGAUUUGAAUCCACGAGCGAGCCACUUCGCGUCAACGUCAGUCCAACUACGUACCUAUGCUUAACACAAAAAUCGGGAUUCAUAUUGGAACCGCGGACCAAGGACAAUCUACCCAAGGGAAUGCCAGCCGAUGUAUCGGGCACGUGUUACUUUCUGAACGGGUAUCAGCAUAGCGGUGUCAACGCGAGCGAGCCUCUCGAUGUGCAUAUUCAGGCUGCAAUUACGGAAUUCGGAAUCAGUAGCAAUAUGUAGAUACCUUCCGAUACGGGGACGUUUACCGUUGAUCAGUGUGUUACUUUAACGAUGUUACCGUCGAUAAUAGCGAUGGCACACCCGAUACUAUCAGAUCGAUGUAUAUGGACUCUCAAAGCUGGCACUAAAGGUACAUUAAAAGCAUGGCGCUAAUUGUGUACGAACACAUUGAAAGAGAUCCUGUGCGGAUACUAUUUAUACGCAGAGUCUUAGAUUGUAAUCGUUAUAUACCUAUUAAAUAUAAGAAGCAAGUAAAACUCUAUGGACUCUA